AUGCGGGGCUCUGAGCCCCGGGCUGCGGGGCGGCGGCGGCGUCUCUCCAGCGGCUGCGGUGCGGUUGGCCAAGGCGGUGGUGGGAAUUGCAACUCCUCCUCGACCACAGUGUCUUUGGCCGGGUGCUGCUCUGCUCCCCGGCGAGCUCCGCUUUGGACUUGUCUCUUACUCUGUGCGGCACUCCGGACUCUUCUUGCCAGCCCGAGCAAUGAAGUGAAUUUACUAGACUCACGCACGGUAAUGGGGGACCUGGGAUGGAUUGCUUACCCAAAAAAUGGAUGGGAAGAGAUUGGAGAAGUGGAUGAGAAUUAUGCUCCAAUACACACCUAUCAAGUUUGCAAAGUUAUGGAACAGAGUCAGAAUAACUGGCUUCUGACAAGUUGGAUCUCUAAUGAAGGUGCUUCCAGAAUAUUCAUAGAACUCAAAUUUACUCUGAGAGACUGUAAUAGCCUUCCAGGAGGACUUGGGACCUGCAAGGAGACUUUUAAUAUGUAUUAUUUUGAAUCAGAUGAUGAAGAUGGGAGGAAUAUCAAGGAAAACCAGUAUAUCAAGAUAGAUACAAUUGCUGCAGAUGAAAGUUUUACUGAACUGGACCUUGGUGACCGAGUCAUGAAACUUAAUACAGAAGUCAGAGAUGUUGGGCCUCUGACCAAAAAAGGAUUUUAUCUUGCUUUCCAAGAUGUGGGUGCCUGUAUUGCUCUAGUAUCAGUCCGUGUGUACUACAAGAAGUGUCCUUCUGUGGUUCGAAACUUGGCCCUUUUUCCAGACACAAUCACUGGAGCAGAUUCUUCUCAAUUGCUAGAAGUAUCAGGCUCUUGUGUCAACCAUUCUGUGACUGAUGAACCACCCAAGAUGCAUUGCAGUGCAGAAGGGGAAUGGUUGGUUCCGAUUGGGAAAUGCAUGUGCAAAGCAGGGUAUGAGGAGAAAAAUGGCACCUGUCAAGUGUGCAAACCUGGAUUCUUCAAAGCUUCACCUCAGAGCCAGAGCUGCAGCAAGUGUCCACCUCACAGUUAUACUCAUGAAGAAGCUUCGACCUCUUGUCUCUGUGAAAAGGAUUAUUUCAGGAGGGAGUCUGACCCACCUACAAUGGCAUGUACAAGACCCCCCUCAGCUCCUCGGAAUGCCAUCUCAAAUGUUAACGAAACUAGUGUCUUUCUGGAAUGGAUUCCUCCUGCUGACACUGGUGGAAGGAAAGAUGUGUCAUAUUAUAUUGCAUGCAAGAAGUGCAACUCCCAUGCAGGUGUGUGUGAGGAGUGUGGAGGUCAUGUCAGGUACCUCCCCCGUCAAAUCGGCCUGAAAAACACCUCUGUCAUGAUGGUGGAUCUCCUCGCUCACACAAACUAUACCUUUGAGAUUGAGGCAGUGAAUGGAGUUUCCGACUUGAGCCCAGGAGCCCGGCAGUAUGUGUCUGUAAAUGUAACCACAAAUCAAGCAGCACCUUCUCCUGUCACUAAUGUGAAAAAAGGAAAGAUUGCCAAAAAUAGCAUCUCUUUGUCUUGGCAAGAACCAGAUCGACCCAAUGGAAUAAUCCUGGAGUAUGAAAUCAAAUAUUUUGAAAAGGAUCAAGAAACCAGCUACACAAUUAUCAAAUCUAAAGAAACAACUAUUACUGCUGAUGGCUUGAAACCAGCUUCAGUGUAUGUCUUCCAAAUCAGAGCGCGCACAGCAGCAGGCUAUGGUGUCUUCAGUCGAAGAUUUGAGUUUGAAACCAUCCCAGAAGCAUCUGGCAAGGUGUCAACUCCCCGGCCACUGUUUCAACUCCUCGAGUCCAGUACCAGCAAGGACCUCUCUCCAGGCCAGUGCACCCGCCAACCUGGAGAUUUCAGGGCCACUGGAGACUGUGUACAACCCAUUGGGGAAGGUUCCUGGGAUUCCCCUUCUGUACCCUCAGACCCAGCAGUUCAAGAAUUCAAUUGCUGUGAAUGUGGCUGUGACAGGGCUUCUUCCCUGUGCGCUGUUGCCCAUCCAAGCCUAAUAUGGAGGUGUGGCUACAGCAAAGCUAAACAAGACCCAGAAGAGGAAAAAAUGCAUUUUCACAAUGGGCACAUUAAACUACCAGGAGUAAGAACUUAUAUAGAUCCACAUACCUAUGAGGACCCUAAUCAAGCUGUCCAUGAAUUUGCCAAGGAGAUAGAAGCUUCAUGUAUUACCAUUGAAAGAGUUAUUGGAGCAGGUGAAUUUGGUGAAGUCUGCAGUGGACGUCUAAAAUUACCAGGAAAAAGAGAAUUCCCUGUGGCCAUCAAAACCCUAAAAGUGGGUUAUACUGAGAAACAACGGAGAGAUUUUCUUGGGGAAGCAAGUAUCAUGGGGCAGUUUGAUCAUCCUAAUAUCAUUCAUUUGGAAGGCGUUGUGACAAAAAGUAAACCUGUAAUGAUAGUGACAGAAUAUAUGGAGAAUGGCUCUUUAGAUACAUUUUUAAAGAAAAAUGAUGGACAAUUUACUGUCAUUCAGCUAGUAGGAAUGCUGAGGGGCAUUGCCUCUGGAAUGAAGUACCUUUCUGACAUGGGUUAUGUGCAUAGGGAUCUUGCAGCCAGAAACAUCUUAAUCAAUAGUAACCUGGUAUGCAAAGUGUCUGAUUUUGGACUUUCUAGAGUACUAGAAGAUGACCCUGAAGCAGCAUAUACCACACGGGGAGGAAAAAUCCCAAUCAGAUGGACUGCCCCUGAAGCCAUAGCUUUCCGCAAAUUCACCUCAGCCAGUGAUGUCUGGAGUUAUGGAAUUGUGAUGUGGGAAGUGGUUUCCUAUGGAGAGAGACCAUACUGGGAAAUGACCAAUCAGGAUGUAAUCAAAGCUGUUGAAGAAGGAUACCGUCUGCCAAGUCCCAUGGACUGCCCUGCUGCUCUUUACCAGUUAAUGCUGGAUUGCUGGCAGAAAGACCGAAACAGCAGACCCAAGUUUGAUGAAAUUGUCAGCAUGUUGGACAAGCUCAUCCGUAAUCCAAGCAGCUUAAAGACACUGGUUAAUGCAUCAAGCAGAGUGUCAAACUUGUUGGCAGAACAUGGUCCUCUAGGCACUGGGGCCUACAGAUCAGUAGGUGAAUGGCUGGAAGCCAUCAAAAUGGGACGGUAUACAGAGAUUUUCAUGGAAAAUGGAUACAGUUCAAUGGAUGCUGUGGCUCAGGUGACCUUGGAGUGA